UUAAGAGUAAAAACUGAACGUGUCUGUUGGACUUUAAGACCCUGGAGAGAUCCGUGGGGAUGCUAACAGUGCGCUAACAGCUACCGCCGCUGCCACAGGCAUUCAUGAACUACUUAACCGAUGACAUUCGGGUUGUUUGACUGAGACGCGGUCAUGUCUCAAGUUGAGAAGAAAGCAGGACUGCUGCGGAGGACGUCGUCCUCCAAAAAACCUUUGAAAGAGAAGGUGGUUCUGAUGUACGAUGAGAUCUUUGCUAAAGAAGACCCGGCCAAAAAUAACCCUCGCUUCUGGGACGAGCUGUUUCUCAUGAAGGUGAACUUGGAGUACCUGGAGUCCAAACUGGAGAGCGUAAACGGGGAGGAAGUGCAACGUAUUCAAGACAACAUCAACUCUCUGUUUCACCACUGCGUCCAGGCUCUUGGAGAGGAGCACCAGAUCAAAGUGGUGAAUGCCCUGCAGACACUCUGUGCACUUUUCCGAGGGGUUCAUCAGAAGAACAAGUCUGCAUCCGGCUUCGACAUUAUUAACAUGCUCAUGGGCUUUGAUAAGGCUGAGCAGAGGAUGAAGGAUCUGAUGGAGAGAUUGGACAGCCUUCUUUGUGGAGACAGCUCAGAGAGCCUCAAGAGCCUUUGCCUAAAGUUAUUACUCUGUUUAGUGACGGUGACAGAUAAUAUAAGCCAGAACACUAUUCUGGAAUAUGUGAUGAUCAACAGCAUUUUUGAAGCUAUUCUACAAAUUCUGUCAGAUCCGUCCAGCAGAGGGCAGCAUGGUUAUGAUGCUGUGGUUCUUCUGGCGCUUCUGGUCAACUACAGGAAAUAUGAGUCUGUAAAUCCAUACAUUGUGAAACUUUCCAUCGUGGAUGAUGAGCCGACACUCGAUGGAAUGGGUGUGGUCCUCCACCAAGCUCUGACUGAAUAUAACAGACAAUACAAAGAUAAAGAAGAAGAGAACCAGGGUGGGUUCUUCUCAACCCUCACUAGUAUGGUGGGCAGCAUGUUUAUAGCAGAUGCUGAUGAGAAGCUCUCUGUACAGACAAACGAGGCGAUUCUGCUGGCACUUUACGAGGCGGUCCACCUGAACAGAAACUUCAUCACGGUGUUGGCGCAGAGCCACCCUGAGAUUGACAUCGUAGUCACACCCACCACUCCCACGCCGACAACGCCAACGACGCCGCUCGGCACGACGCCGCCCUCCCUCGACGUGAUGAACAACCCAGAACUGCCCCUGGAUCCCAACCUGCAGACCAGCAACCUCCUCAUUACAUUCCUCAAGUAUGCCUCUAUCGUAAUGCAGGACACUAAAGAUGAGCAUCGACUCAACAGUGCCAGACUGUGCCUGAUCAUCCUCACGUGCAUCGCUGAGGACCAGUAUGCUGAUGCCUUUCUUCACGAUGACAACAUAAACUUCAGAGUCAGCCUCCACAAAAUGCCAAUGAGACACCGGAAAAAGACGCCGGGGAAAAACAUCCCAUCGCGUCCGCUGGUUUGCGCCGUUCUAGAUCUUAUGGUGGAGUUUAUCGUCACUCACAUGAUGAAGGAUUUCCCCAUGGAUCUAUACUUGCGCUGUGUGCAAAUCAUUCACAAACUUCUGUGUUACCAGAAGAAAUGCCGAAUCAGACUACACUACACCUGGAGAGAGCUUUGGUCAGCUCUCAUCAACCUGCUCAAGUUCCUGCUGUCAAACGAAACCACACUACUGGCCAAGCACAACAUCUUUCACCUGGCCUUAAUGGUGGUGAACUUGUUCAACAUGUUUAUAACCUACGGAGACACUUUCCUGCCCACCUCCAACAGCUACGACGAGCUGUAUUACGAGAUUGUCCGAAUGCACCAGGUCUUUGACAACCUCUACUGCAUGGUGUUGAGAGUAUCCACCAACGCAGGCCAGUGGAAGGAGGCAGCCAGCAAAGUCACGCACUCCCUCGUCAACAUUCGGGCCAUCGUCAACCAUUUUAAUCCCAAGAUCGAGUCGUACGCUGCAGUGAACCACAUCUCCCAGCUGUCAGAGGAACAGGUUCUGGAGGUGGUUCGGUCCAAUUAUGACACACUGACCCUGAAACUGCAGGAUGGUCUGGACCAGUUUGAGAGAUAUUCGGAGCAGCCAAAAGAAGCUGCUUUCUUCAAGGAGCUGGUGCGCUCCAUCAGUCUGAACGUGAGGAAGAACGUCUCCCUGAACUCGCUGAGUCAGGACGUGCUGCUCAAAGAGUUCUCCACCAUCUCCUGAGCCUUCAGACCCCCCCCCCCACACACACACACACACACACACACACACACACACACACACACACAGCAGACCAGUCCUGGGUGGUGGAAAGGAGGAAAGCCGUCCUGCAGAGACGCAGCAGUCCAGACUCUCCUCCUCUGUGGUCCCAGACGUGUCUGAAACAAUCAGCAGCACUGGCUGGACUGUUAACUUACCGUGGAACACAAGUAUUUCCUUCUGGUGUUCCAAUAAUCCCAGUUUCCUGAUUUACCCGCAGAACAUUUUUAGGCUUUGCGUGUUUCCUGAGUUUGAGGUGAUGGUGAUUCUGAGCCGUUCAAGACUUUCGGCGACUCUCCUUGAAUUUCAGGAUUUUUUUUUUGCUCUUUUGCGUUUUGGUGAGUGAAUGUAAAAAAAAGACAACGUCUCCUCUGGUUCUCAGAAGUGUUUCCAACUUUUUGUUUAAAGCGUAGAACAAUUAGAUGAUUAAGUUGAGGAUGCCGUGAAGUGAUUAAAAGCUGGCUACAGCUAAUGAGAAAAUCCCUGCUGUUACAGUCAUUUCUCUUUUAUAUUAACAAACUAACCUGGAAGUGUUGCUGAGAGCCGUUGGCUCAGAAGGGGAGGCUACCGUCAAAACUUGUGUGUUUGGCACCAAUUAAGACUGUUUAUAGCGGGGAAACAACCUUGAAAGCUGAUAUAAAACUCAUUGAGUUGAUUUUUUUUUUUUAAACUGAGUUAAUUAUGCAAUUUUAUCCAGUGUAGGUCUCUCUGUCAUCUCUAACUUCUGUAGGUGUAUUUAUGUUUUUUUUAAAUAAAGAUUCUUUUCCUACUUGA